AUGGAUUGCCAAGACACAGAUUGCAGAUGCCGCCUUUUGGGGCAUCGACAACGUUCCCAUUUGAGCCCCCAGGUUCCCGACAACAGCAGGCGCUCAAGGCUCCGCGCAGAAGAAGCCAUGGCCAACUCCAGGGGCCGUCUGUACCUUUCGAUGUGCUUGGCUGUAGCUCUGGCGUCUUUCCUGGCAGGAUUUAUGGUGGGCUGGUUUAUUAAGCCUUUCAGAGAAACAACCACUUCGGUGCGCUAUCGUCAAAGCCUACGGUGGAAGCUGCUGUCAGAGAUGAAAGCUGAAAAUAUUAAAGCAUUUCUUCGCUCUUUUACAAAACUUCCUCAUCUAGCAGGAACAGAACAAAAUUUACUGCUUGCCAAGCAAAUCCAAACCCAGUGGAAGAAAUUUGGACUAGAUUCAGCCAAGCUGGUUCAUUAUGAUGUUCUCCUUUCUUAUCCUAAUGAGACACAUUCCAACUAUAUAUCAAUUGUGAAUGAACAUGGAAUUGAGAUUUUCAAAACAACAUACCUUGAGCCACCACCAGAUGGGUAUGAGAAUGUUACAAAUAUUGUACCACCAUAUAAUGCUUUCUCACCACAAGGCACGCCAGAGGGAGAUCUUGUAUAUGUGAAUUAUGCUCGCACAGAAGAUUUCUUUAAACUUCAACGAGAAAUGCACAUCAACUGCACUGGAAAGAUUGUUAUUGCAAGAUAUGGGAAAAUCUUCAGAGGAAACAAAGUUAAGAAUGCCAUGCUAGCGGGAGCCAUAGGGAUCAUCUUGUACUCAGAUCCAGCUGACUACUUUGCCCCUGAGGUACAGCCAUAUCCCAAAGGAUGGAAUCUCCCAGGCACUGUCGCCCAGAGAGGAAAUGUGUUAAAUUUGAAUGGUGCUGGUGACCCACUCACUCCAGGCUAUCCAGCUAAAGAAUAUACUUUCAGACUUAAUGUUGAAGAAGGAGUGGGAAUUCCCAAAAUACCUGUUCAUCCCAUUGGAUACAAUGAUGCAGAAAUACUAUUACGGUAUUUGGGAGGAAACGCUCCACCAGAUGAGAGCUGGAAGGGCGCUCUUAAUGUGGGGUAUAGAAUUGGGCCUGGCUUUGCCAGCAGUGAGUCUUUCAGGAAGGUUAGAAUGCAUGUUCAUAACAUCAAUAAAAUCACAAGAAUUUACAACGUAAUUGGAACUAUCACAGGAUCCGUGGAGCCUGAUAGGUAUGUCAUUUUGGGAGGUCACCGGGAUUCUUGGGUGUUUGGAGGUAUUGACCCAACCAGUGGAACUGCUGUUUUGCAAGAAAUUGCCCAGAGUUUUGGAAAACUGAUAACUAAAGGUUGGAAACCUAGGAGAACUAUCAUUUUUGCUAGCUGGGAUGCAGAAGAGUUUGGACUUCUGGGUUCCACGGAAUGGGCUGAGGAAAAUGUAAAAAUACUCCAGCAGAGAAGUGUUGCGUAUAUCAACUCAGAUUCAUCUAUAGAAGGCAAUUAUACUCUCAGAGUUGACUGUACACCCCUUCUUUACCAAUUGGUGUAUAAACUGACAAAAGAGAUUCCCAGCCCAGAUGAUGGUUUUGAGAGUAAAUCUCUUUAUGAAAGCUGGUUGGAAAAAGACCCUUCACCUGAAAAUAAAGAUUUCCCCAGAAUCAAUAAGCUGGGAUCUGGAAGUGAUUUUGAAGCUUAUUUUCAGAGACUUGGAAUUGCUUCAGGCAGAGCUCGUUACACAAAGAAUAAGAAAACAGAUAAGUACAGCAGCUACCCAGUAUACCAUACAGUAUAUGAAACAUUUGAAUUGGUAGAGAAUUUUUAUGAUCCCACAUUUAAAAAACAGCUUUCUGUGGCUCAGUUACGAGGAUCACUGGUUUAUGAGCUUGCAGACUCUACAAUCAUUCCUUUCAAUAUUCAAGACUAUGCAAAAGCCCUAAAAAAUUAUGCAACAAGUAUCUAUAAUUUAUCCAAGAAACACGACCAACAAUUGAAAGACUAUGGAGUAUCAUUUGACUCCUUGUUUUCUGCUGUGAAAAACUUCUCAGAAGCUGCUUCAGAUUUUCAUAGAAGACUUACACAAGCUGAUCUUUCUAAUGCCAUUGCUGUGAGAAUUUUGAAUGACCAAUUGAUGCUACUGGAAAGAGCAUUCAUUGAUCCCCUUGGUUUGCCAGGAAGGCGCUUUUACAGGCACAUCAUCUUUGCUCCAAGUAGUCAUAACAAAUAUGCUGGAGAAUCAUUUCCUGGGAUCUAUGAUGCAAUGUUUGACAUUGAAAAUAAAGCAGACCCUCGUUUGGCCUGGAAAGAAGUAAAGAAACAUAUUUCUAUUGCAUCUUUCACAAUUCAAGCAGCAGCAGGAACUCUCAAAGAAGUGUUCUAAGAGUGUCUCAGCCAACUGGCUAGCUCUUAAACGUGCUGCUGAGGAUAAAUUCAACAUCUUUCUUAUUAAUGACUCAUAAAGUCAAAGUGCUCAACAAUCUUGCUUUUCAGGUAUGUUUUGACUGUAGGCUUCUAGCUUUUUCAUCUGCAA